UCUAUACUAACUGCAGCAAGUAUGAAUAUAUCUAAAUAUCUAAAAUGCAAAACAAACUCAAUUUAUUCAUUCUUACGAAUACAAUUGUCAACACAAAACGCAUUGAGAAAAAGUUACGCUGAAAAAUUUUACAAUAAAAUUAUUAAUUAUUUCAUAAACAAUUUUUAGAAAAAAAAAAAUAUUUUUAUUUCUAAUAAAAAAAAAAUGGACAGCAGCAACCUAGUAAUCAACACCACUUUGGGCCCCGUCAGGGGUCAUGAGUGUAAGGGCGUUUACGAUGAUUUAUAUUAUUCAUUUGAACGCAUACCAUUUGCUGAAGUACCAGUGGGUGAGUUACGUUUUCGUCCGCCCCAACCUAAAAAACCCUGGUCGGAGAUUUUGGAUUGUACGCAAAAACCAUGUAAGCCAAUGCAAAAAAAUCCAUUUAAUAAUCAAAUAGAAGGAAGUGAAGAUUGUUUAUAUGUGAAUAUCUAUGCAAAACAGCUAAACUCUUCGAAACCUUUGCCGGUUAUAGUAUUUCUCUUUGGUGGUGCUUUUGAGAAAGGUGAUCCCAGCAGAGAUCUUCAUGGUCCCGAUUAUUUUAUGAAGAAAGAUGUGAUAUUUAUAACACUAGGCUAUCGUUUGGGUGCUUUGGGUUUUAUAUCCUUUAAAGAUCCUGAUUUGAAAAUACCCGGUAAUACAGGUCUGAAAGAUCAGCUGCUGGCCUUGAAAUGGCUAAAGGAAAAUAUUUCCCGUUUCAAUGGAAAUAUUGAAAAUAUUACACUUUUCGGAGAAAGUGCUGGUUCGGCUUCGGUGCAUUAUUUAAUGUGUUGUCCCUUAGCUAAAGGAUUAUUUCACAAAGCUAUACUAAUGUCUGGUACUUUGCUAUGUCCCUGGGCUUUUAAUCCUCUGGAUAAACUGCCACUACGCUUGGCUAAGGCUUGUGGUUAUGAGGGACCAGCUGAAGAUGAACAACAAAUUUGUGCUUAUUUACAAAAAUUACCAGCCGAAGAACUAAUGAAACCUUAUUUACUGAAUAAGGAAGAAAAUCUGAAUGAUUGUUUCUUUAACUUUGGACCCUGUAUAGAACCCUAUGUAGAUGAUAUGUGUAUUAUAAAUCAACAUCCAGAGGAUAUUGUGCACAAUUCAUGGGGUCAUGAAAUUCCAGUAUUAAUGGGCGGAACCUCUUUCGAGGGUCUGCUCAUGUUUCCACGUGUACAUAUGACACCUUAUAUUUUAACCGAAUUAGAGGAAAAUCCUCAACAUUUACUACCAUUUCCCUUAAAAAAGAAAUAUUCUCUAGAUGUGCAACAGCAAUUGGGUGCGAAAGUUAAAACUGCACAUUUUGGUGAGAAAAAAGCUGCCAUGGAAAAUGUUAUUAACUAUUGUGAUUAUGCCUCCCACAAAGUUUUCUGGCAUCCAAUUUUACGCUCACUUAAAGUUCGUAUUCUCGCUGGAAAAGCACCCACUUAUUUAUAUCGUUUUGAUUUCGAUUCACCUGACUUCAAUCAUCAACGCAUCAAAUAUUGCGGCCAACAAAUGCGUGGCGUAGCCCAUGUAGACGAUCACUCAUAUUUAUUUUAUGGUAAUUUCUCUUGGAAAUUAUCCCCAGAGACGGCUGAAUAUAAAACCAUUCAACGCUUGAUUGAUAUUUGGUCGUCGUUUGCCAUCAAUGCAAAUCCCAAUUGUGGCCAAACGAAAGAGGUAUUAAAGGAACGCAAUUGGUUGCCUGUGUGUAGUGUAGACGAUAUUAAAUGUUUGAAUAUUGGCAGGGAAUUAGAUUUGAUUGAUUUGCCGGAAUUGGAAAAGCUAAAAGUAUGGGAAAGUGUUUACAGUGUUUAUAUGUUUUCCAGUAUAAAAUAUCAAGAAAUUGCUUUACCCGUGGGUCAGCUUAGAGGCUGUGUGAGAAAAACAAUUUAUGAUGAAGAAUACUUCAAUUUUGAGGGUAUACCUUAUGGUCAGCCACCUGUAGGUGAUUUAAGAUUUAAGGCACCACUACCGGCUAAACGAUGGACUGGGGUAAGGGAUUGUUUUGAAUUUGAUGUCAGACCUAUGCAGAAGAGUUCUUUAACGGGCGAGAUAAUGGGAUCAGAAGAUUGUCUAUACUUAAAUGUUUAUGCUAAAAAGCUUAAUACCGAAAAACCUCUUCCCGUUAUGGUGUGGAUAUAUGGUGGCGGUUUUGCCACUGGCGAGGGUACAAAAAAUCUUUACAGUCCCGAUUAUUUUAUGAAAGAAGAUAUAGUACUGGUUACUUUUAAUUAUAGACUGUGUUCACUGGGUUUUCUUAGCAUCGAAGAUCCCGCCCUUCAAAUACCUGGUAAUGCUGGUUUAAAAGAUCAAAUUUUAGCCUUAAAAUGGGUUAAGCAAUAUAUUAAACAUUUCAAUGGUGAUCCAGACAACGUUACCGUAUUUGGUGUAAGUGCCGGUGGUGCUUCUACUCAUUUUUUGACUGCUACACCUCAGACCAAAGGUCUCUUGCACAAGGCUAUAUGUAUGUCGGGUUCAAUGCUAAAUAGUUGGGCUAAUACACCUCAAAAAGAUCAUGCCUAUCGUUUGGCUAAAUUUCACGGUUAUGAGGGUGAAAAUAAUGAUAUCGAUGUUGUCGAGUUUCUGAAAAAACUAGAGCCCCAGAAAUUGGUUCAACACGAUAUAUUAACUGAUCAAGAAAAACGUAAUGGUAUUAUGUUUACUUUUGGUCCUUGCAUUGAAAGUUAUGUGGGGGAGGAUUGUGUUAUACCACAAGAACCGCGUGAAAUGUUAAAAUCGGCCUGGGGUAAUGAUAUACCCAUAAUGAUAGGCGGUACCUCUAAUGAGGGCUACUUAAUGUAUCCCAAAUUAAAAAUGUUUCCACAAGCUAUGAAUGCCAUUAAUCAUGAUUUGGAAAGAAUGUUGCCCGUAGAGGUGAGGGAAGAUGAUAAAGAGCAAUCUUUAAUAAAGGCCCAACGUUUGUUAAGGAUACAUUUUGGUGACAAAACUCCCAGUAAUGAAUGUAUGGAGGAAUUUUUAGAUUUUUAUGGCUUUAAAGCUUUCUGGCAUGGUUUUCAUCGUUCUUUACUUUCACGCCUUGCCUAUGCCAAAGCUCCCACUUACCUUUAUCGUUUCGCCUUCGAUUCGCCCACUUUUAAUCAUCAUCGCAAACGUUUCUGUGGUGAUGACCUGAAAACCGGUGUGGCUCAUGCUGAUGAUGUUUCAUAUUUAUGGUAUGGUUUCUAUGCCUGGAAAUUGGAUAAAUCUAGCAAGGAAUAUAAGACCAUUGAAAGAAUGAUUGAUAUCUGCACAAGCUUCGCUAAAACUUCCAAUCCUAAUUGUGAGUCUACUAAGGAUUUAACCUGGUUACCCUUGGCUUACAAUGAGGCUAAUUUAGCUUUAAAUAUUAGCGAUGAUUUAAGUUUUGAAAUUAUACCCGAAAAGGAGAAAUUUGUUGUAUGGGAUUCAUUGUAUGAAGCAAAUAAAUUAUUUUAG